UCCUCUUCAAAAUAGGAGCGCGCAGUUUGUGACUUUGCGCCUUGUUGGUUUGUUAAUCGCUAAGAUGGUGGAUGGGGAUAUUACGCCAGAGGAUAAGGCCACUAUAUGUGCUAGAUUAGUUUUACUUGCACCGCCCUGUGAAUUUAAUGAAGUAUUAGAUGAUAUCCGUUGUUUCGCUGGUGAUGACCAUCAUAUUCAUGAGAAGCUAGCAGCAUCAGUAGCACAGUAUAACAAGGACCAAAUGAUCCAUGUAAAGUUACCAAAUUGCGAGUAUCCGACUCUGAUUACUGCAUACGCAGACUUGGGGAAUGGAUAUUUUAUGUGUCCUAGAUCGCAGUUGACAUUUCAUUUUGACCACCUCAAGCAGACAGUCAGUGAUGUUAAAAGUUUUGACAAGAGUAGCUUUGAUAAUAUAGACUGUGAUCUGGAGAGUUGGAGGCGUGCCUUAGAAGAUAGCGCUACUGUCUAUGUAAACGAACAUUUCCCUGAUGGAGCUGUCGAAGUUUACGCUCUGAGGUCGAAUGAUAGUGCACGAUGUCUCGUUAUGUGCAUUGAAUCUCACUUCAGCAAACAUCAAUCAACUGGACGAUGGCGAUCAGAAUGGACUUUCAAGCUAGUUGGACAAAAAUCGAUGGAGUUUUCGGUUCAUGGUGUUAUUAAAGUUCAGACACAUUUAUACGAAGAGGGGAAUGUUCAAUUGAUUUCAUCCAAAGAAGUUGAUUUUGUUAUCUCUGAAUCUAUCCCUAGGGUAUUUGCCAGGGAGUCAAUAAAGAGAAUAAAAGAAGCUGAUUGUGCAUAUCAAGUUGCCAUUGGCGAGAACUUCAAAACAAUGUCCGACACAACUUUCAAAGCUCUUCGGCGACAACUGCCUUUAACUCGUUCCAAACUAGAUUGGAAUAAAAUUAUCACUUAUCAGAUAGGUAGUGAACUAUCUAGAGCACCUCCAAAUUAAAAUUAUCAGUCGAAGUUAAUUUUCUCGUCAUUACACACACACACACACACUACUCCCUUCCGCCGACAAGAUAAAAUUGGAGACGAUUUAAUAUAUUUUGAUUUUGGGUGUACAAUAAAAAUCAAGGAAAUUACGAAUAUUUUGCCUAUUCUUUAAUAAAUUUAAUAUUAUUAAAAUAUAUGUUCCUUUUAUGAAUAGUUUACUGAAAAUAAACUUUACCGCUAUAAUGAUCAGGAAUUGUUUUCAGUUUUUUAUGCAACUCAUUGAUGAUUUGUCCGAGUCGUCAUGUGUAUUUUUCUUUGUUUUCCUCUUUCUUUCGUUUUUGUUUGAUACAUCUGUAUUUUUUAAAAAAGAGAACAUCUCUAAUUGUGUAUGGUAGAUGGUACAUUUUACCAUAAAUUUUAUUUGUGUUGAUUCGACAUAUACGUUAUAAUUAACUAAUUGUAUCUAGUGUGCCUGUUCUCUGGGUGACUUUAAUACGGUGAGUAUUUGCAGCUACAUAUAUAAUAGAAUCUUGGGUCUAAUGCAAAUUAUUCUCAUAGAAUAACUGGAUAGUACAUGUUUCUGUUUAUUUUUUUGUGGUUGAUUCUCACAUAUUUAAUGUGUGCUUGCGUAUGCUGUCAAUGGUGAAGAUUUGUAGCUUACGUGGAUGAUUUUGAUGGAGUUUUGUUCUCUG